UGGAGGCGAGAUAGGAAUAUUUCGAGACACUCUUGCAUCUCAGGUGUUUCGCCACGCCAGUGGUCGUCUGAUUCAUUGGCAGUACAAACUAAACUCUCAACUUUUUCACAUUUAACUUACGUGAUUAUUCCCUUUAAAUUUAUAUAAAAACGAUUAUUGAACGUUAAUCUAACUCCUAAAACAACUGAUUCUUUUCCUGAUCCUCUCCUUCAGUGGCAAAUAAAAUGCAAAGUGAAUAGUGAUGUGAUGUGAUGUGAGAUUGGCGGAGAGCAAAAAUGACAGCUUCGGUUGAUAAAUCGAAAUGACUCCAGACAGCAACAAUGUUCAUUUGUAACUUGCACAGUAUUUUUUGUCACGUAAACUAUGACAUAAGUGUAAAUUAUGCCCCGUAAGGAAAGAACAAAUGCAAAAACAUGGGAACGAGACAGAAGAAAUCGUAUGAAUACAUAUUUCAAGACCCUAUCAGAUUUAUUACCACCACAUCAAGAGGGCCGAAAGCGAAACAAAGUAGAUAUUCUUAUUUACGCAGCGAAAUAUAUAAAGGACCUCACAAAUCGUACCGAGGAGCUGUUCUAUGCACAUGCAGUAGAUGCACACAAAGAAGAACUAAAUCGUCUGAAGAAGCUGGUGGGACAGCUUUAUUCUCGCACCCAGUUACUGUCAACCCUCUUGAAGGAAGCUGGAAUAACAGUUCCAGCAGAACCGGCACUGGAAAAAAUUUCGCCCUUAAAGUGGUCAAACAAAAUAAACGUUGACGACGUUGAUAAAUAUUUAGAUAGAUAUAAUGAAUGUAAAAAACCAGCUAAACGUAAGAGUAAGCCAACGGGUGUUCGUGUGCCCUCAAAGAGCAAGACCACCAGUUCAUCCCCCAAAAAAUUACCAACUGACCAAGACUCGUCAGAAAUUGUGAGCAUUCCGUCAGAGGACCAGGAGAAUCACAUGAGCACAAGUACAAUCGAUUCCGAAGUUUGCUGUACGCCUGAGACCCCCUCAAAGGACUCAGAAUGUCGAAGUAGUGUUCCCCAGCCCUCCACCACUGCCUCACUCUCUUCAGGAAGUGCUGGACCAAAGUCAGGUCCGGGAAUUCGUAAGCUAGAGUCUCGAAAAAAGAUUAAGAGAAAAAAAUCAUCACCAGAAGAGGAUAAAUCGAAAAAGUCGACAGAGAUUGGUGGUUCACAGGGUAAUCAGGCCCUCAGCAAUAUAAUCCCAGGGACACUGAUCCUCUCAGGUGGAAAAAUAAUGCCCCUGAUGACUCCAAUAGCUCCUCUACCCUCAAAUAUCCUCGUAAAUGCUCAAGCUCAAACCUCCAACCAAAUAAUUCUGGGCAACACCCAGGCAAAUCCAAUGAUCGUGAUGCAAUCGAUUGGCAGCAGAAUUCAACAUUCAGUUGUACCUGUUAGAAAUCAAAAUAUUGUUAAGGCUGUGCAGAAAGUAACUCUCAAUACUGUACCAAGUAUUCGUACCAACGUUGGACUUAAUUCACAAGACUGGGUAUCAAAUGUUAGAACAAUUGUUGAAGCAACUAAAAUUGGGGGUAGAAAAGGAAUUCUCCCGAAAGGUAAAGAAAUAACUAAAACCACAAUGACAUAUAAAGUUCCAAUUCCUGCUGUUCACAGAGAAGGAAUUGUUUUUAAAAAUUCAGACAAUAAUAUUAGUGAAAAAAUUGAGCCAAAAAGUAGAAUAAAAAAAUUAGCAAAGAGCAAAAAAAUUAAAGAGAAGGAAAAAACUUCUGGCAAUAAGGACGAAAAAAAUAUGGACACUGACAGUUCUAAGAGCGAAGAAAAGAGCAGAAAAAGGAAGAAUACCGAUGAUGCGAACUGUUCUCCACCGAAGAUCAUUAAAUCAUCACUUCCAGAGACGUGUGUUUCAAUAGAAAAUCUUCGACACGUUGUUGAGAAGAUUGGAGAGGAGAAUCCUGAAAAAUCCCAGAAACUGAACUCAGAUAAAUCAGAGUUCAGCCAGAAUUCGAUUAAAUCCUCGGAGUCUUCACCUAGAGCCCCGAAAGAACAAACUUCUCCUUCAGAAAAAUCUGAGAAGCCGACGGAGACAUCGAAGCCUGAAGAAUCCCUUAAGAAAUCAAAUCCUGAGGGGUCCCAAUUACUUCCAUCUCUUCUCGACUCGACGAUCCCCAAAACAUGUGAAUCAUCACCAUCAAAUCAACCACCCCCAAAUGAGAUACAAUCUCCAAAAAACCCUACAUUCGUCCCUCUAGAGCCACCAAAACCCUCCUCGAUUCCUCCCCUCUCAGAAGUUGAUAAAGUGAUCGCAGAAGCAGAAGUCCAAAUGCAAAAAACGAAAGACGUCUGUGAUCUCGGAAGAUUCGACAAUCUCCUGAGUGCAACCAGUCAGCCACAAAUCCCUGAGGACAACAGAACAAUAAUGGAGAGUGGAAAAAUCAUUUUAAACUUGGACACCAACACUACAACGACGAUGAAACAAGAUACAAAUCUUUCAGCAGAGCUAAUGCCCCCCAGAUCAUCUCCGAAUGUUCCUGAGGGACUUUCGAAGGACGAGAAGUCGAAGGAACAGGCAUCAAAGUCCCUGUCGUACUCAUCAGGCAACACUUUCGUCCCAAUCAACAGUAGAAACGAGGCACUUCACUCAGAUCUAUCAAACGAUCUCUUCGCGUCUCUGCAGGUGCCCUCCAGCUCGCACAAUCCAGAAUCCAUAUCCCCUACUGCAGCUUUCUUGAUGGCAUUCCCCCUGGUAUCAUCGUUGAAUGGAAAAACUGAGGUCCUGGAGGAGGAAAUGAAGGAGGACCUGAAAUAUCACAGUCAGACACCCCCAAUGCUCCUCCAGAUAGGUACAAUCGAGCCCACAAUUUUCAAACCAAAAUUGAGUGAAGAAAAAUGUCCAGAGACACGUGAUAAAGAUAAAUCAUCCGAAUGCCCUGAUAAACCACCGGAGAUAACAUCCAAAUCCCUUCCUAAAAUCAUCAACAACGAACCAAUGAAGGAACGACUGUACAAAGUCGUGCCUUAUCCUGAGCCGGUGAUGACUUUUCCUACGACCUUAACGAUUCCUUCACAGAUUCCACACGCAGUGCCUCAGUCACAAGUUAAAAAAAAUGUGGAAAAUCCUCUGGAAAGCACCUCGAAUAAUGUGAUAGUGUCGAAGUCUGAUGACCAGAACAGAAAGCUUCAGAAAGUGGAGACCAGUAUUCCUUGCUCUGCAAUUCCAUCAGCGUCAACAAUACCUUCAUCAAUUCCUUCAUCAAUUCCUACAUCAAUUCCUUCAUCAAUUCCUUCAUUAAUCUCUUCAUCAAUCCCUCCUCCAAGAAUCGAUCAAACCCCUAAAUACGAUAGUAAUAUGAGAUAUCCCAGCCUUCCCGAGUUCGUGCCGAAUUAUUCCAACUUCACCACAACAGACAAUCCGAUGUCCUCGAACCCCAGAGUUUCUUAUCCCUCGCACUCUUCCUCACAAGUUUCCUCUCAGCCUGUUUACACGUACCAGAUCCCUCGUCAGACCUUCGUGAAUCGUCCAAAGAACCUCAGCUCCAUGGACAAUCAGACAAUCACUUGCACGAUGUCCCAGACACGACCGACAGCUCCAGAUUCUAAUGACUACCAGAGAAAUGUGAAUCCGGUGAUGCCAGUGUCUUCUCACAGCAUUCAAUACAACUAUUCAUCUCGGCCAAAGGACUCGUAUUCUCAUCAGCAUCAGGAACAGAGGAUUUACGUAGAUCAGGGGCAGAAAGACUCAUCGGCCUGUCAGAGCUCUUAUCCAAUGCACAAGGAGACACAGAUGUACCAGGACUACUCGAUCGUCAGUAAAACAUCAACUGCCCUCGAUUCCUCUCAAUUAUCACGAUCGUACGUUCCACCGUUAUCCAUCAAAGAUGCACCCCAGAAUUAUCAAACUUAUUUACCGAUCACUCCGUCCAAGGAGCAGACACGGGAGGUCGCAGCUGCGCCUAAUCUAGGCCAAACCUACUCUGAUCAAUCGAAACAACCGCUCGAGACUUUCAACAAUCUCCAGAGGGAUUUUGAUUCAACUCGAAAGGAUUCUUUUGUUCCAUCGACGUCAGCUGGCUCGAAGCUCCCGAAAAAUCCACAGAAUCAGGAAACUCAGAGGAUUGAGACAUCGAUCUCAUCAGCGCCGAACAAAAUUCCUGAAAAUCACUUCAACACAAACUAUCCAAAGGGAAAUCCUUCACUGGUUUCUGAUCCCCUGUACCAGGUGAAACGGUCAGAGCCUCAAACGUAUGGAAUUUAUCCCAGAGACCAGAAGAAGAUGUUCGAGAAUCCCUCGAAUACUCAGAUAAAGUCCCACGUCCAAUCAUCACUGCCUCGUUAUUCCCAUCAAGGCCACCAACAACAGCAACAGGCUAAUGUGACGACAUCCAAUUAUUGUCAGACAACAGUUACUGAGAAUCUUGGAAAAUCCACAACAACUGUAGCUCACAACUCGUCGAAUUACAGCAUCCUCUCCUGGACGACUUUAUCCCCGAUGGGUCUGGGGGGCAACAACAAUCUCGUUCACUUUGAGGGAGGUACUGAGCACGUUGACGACAACGAGGGUAAAACAAUCUGCGAGAACUUCAAUUACAAUCAUCUGCACAAGGAGACAGUUGGAUUUGGAAAUAUCAUGCAGACAGAUUCUCAGUAUUCAACAGCCGAGGCAAUCAUCGAUAAAUCCAAAACAAAGAUGUCGAAUGAGAAUAAACAGGGAUUUGAGGACAACUCGAAGAGUAAAAAUGUACCGACAAUUCAGAAGCAGACGAGUAGACCUCACAAUCAUAAUCAAAAUCCUCAAAAUCAGAGUAUCGGGGAUGACUUUAAAUACAGUGGGGAGAAUAAAAAUAAGACUAAGUACUCGAUGGACUCGGCGUACACUCAAACGGAGUUUGGGGCGUUGGACCAGAGGCACCAGGUGACCAAGAGCCAGCAGAUACCCCAGUCGAAACCUGAGAAAACUUAUUCGAUUCCUUACGAUUCUCAAAUAACUUUCGACCUGCCAGAGCCUGUAGCACAGAGCCAAACAAAAUGCCCUGAUAUUUAUUCUGGAAGUAAUUACAAAUACGGAGAAGACAAGGAUCAUUCUCAGAUAAAGUACCAACCGAUUAUCCAGGGGCAGCCCCCAGUGGUUUUGAAUGAAAAUGUGAGUUACAAUUCAGGAAAAGGAAAUCAACAGCAACAGAAUAUGAAUAAAUCGAAGAGUGUGCAACAGCAGAUUCAGCCAGUGAGGGCACCAGUCAACUGGAUGAUGACACCAGAGGUGAAACACAACUCAAAUAUUGCAGAUUUGAUUCUCCCACCGAUUGGAAAGGAACUCGAUUUUUGUCAGAAUAAUAUUUUCAGUCAGACGCCCUCUUAUAAUCAGAGCACGUCCAAUCAAUUUUACAAUAAUUACGAGGUGUCAGUGAGUGCUGCUCACAGUUUUUCAAAUGUUGGCACUCUUCAGAGCGACCGAUUUUACCCGGAGGAGCAGCCAUUCACUUGGAGUCCAACGAAAAAUCCUCAGAGUGGAGCUGAUCAUCAGAGUAUGAAAACACUGGAUCAACAGGUGGUGCCUUCCACGUUACCAACUCUAGUGGGGGAUUUGGCAUUGGGGACUAAUAUUCCUGAGAAGCAGAGUUUCCUGUUCAGUCAGAUGCCACCGAGGAGCAAUGAUUUAUCAAAGACAGUCAAAGAUAAAGACAGCAAUUUCCAGGUGAUGUUGAACCCUCAGACAGGACAGCACUCGAACCAAGGGACGUCGUUUUUAUCAGUGAGUCAAUUGGUGGAGCAUGAGAAAGCAGAAAAGAGUCACCAACAGAAUCAUCAUUCCCAUCAGCAUCAUUCACAGGGGCAAGCCCAGCCCAGAAAGCAAAGGAAGAGCAACGCUAGCCCCAGAACAGGUGGAAAAAGACAGAUGGAUAUGAGGAAGCAGAGUAAUGAUCAGAUGCAGCAGCACGACGAGCAGAAGGUGACGUCGAGCCAUGGAUUUUCGGAUCAGUACCAACAGCAGCCCCAGCAGUCACAUAAAUAUCAGCAAAACGACGGACUCUGGAGGAACAGAAACUGCAAGAGCAAUUACACAGCUGAAGCUCUCAUCGGGGUCAAUAACACCAGCAUUCAUGAUGGGAAUACUGACAAGCAGCUUCAUGCCCCUGCCAUCAAGUUCUCAACUGAUUACACACAAAAUAAAUUCCCUGGAAGUCUUGGGGCUGGGGAAAUGGUGAUGCCACCCAUCAAUUAUCUCACGAAUCCCGACGAUGGGAAUGGAUAUGGACAGGUGAUGAACCAGAACUUCAAUCAUUCCUCGUACACGUAUUCACCGAAUACAAAUAUCUAUCCCUCCACCAACUUUAUUCCUGGGAUUUCAAAUACCACCAGUACUUAUAUGAUGCCACUACACGAAAAUCCAACGGAUUACCUCGAGACUAAUUCGUUUCUACUACCAAAUGUCACUAAUGUUCCAAAGUCUGUCAACACCUCGACCAGUGGAUCAUCAUCGACGACUCGAGCAACUUCUUCGGGGGCUGCACCCACGAACAUCAAAAAUCAGCACUACAAUGUUGGGAAGCAGCAGCAAUGUGACAAGAGAAACUCGUAUCCCAAUGUCUCAAAGAAGAGCAAGAGGAAGUCUGAUGCCACGAUGCAGAACCUCGAAUUCCCUGUGGGAGCUAUUCCUACACCCAUGGAGGAUUAUCACUCUCAUCAUCACACGCAUUCCUCGAGUUUUCUGGCUCCACCACCCAAUGGCAAUCCUCUUUACCAGAACCACUCGAUUUCGAAUGCUAAUAGGAGCAGAGCCUCCACUACUGGUGGAAAUUCCGUUGCUAUGGCGCAUCAUCCGUCCGGAACUAGUCUCACUAACUUCAAUCUCAGCACAAUAUUCCCGGAGAUUAAUGAUAAGGUCACAGGGUACAAGCCCCCUAAUGCAAUUCAGUCAGGCCUGUCUCAAUCUUCCAAUCAUCCGUCAACGAGUUAUACCCAACGGCCCAACUACACAACUAAUAAUGCUUUGGGUCACGUUGCACAGGUCUCACAGUCCGAGGCAGGUCAAUUCACAACUGAAAUACCUGCACCACCACCGCCCAGUGUACUUCACUAUAAGACCACUUGACGAACGAAGAAUGGAGCAGCCAAUUAUGGAAAAAAGUCGUACUAAUUGUGGUAAAGAUAGUCUAAUGAAAUUUGUACAUAUUAUAGCGGGGUCCUUUCCACUAUUUCUAAUGACACCAGAUGAAAUUUUCUGCUCGUUUUAACUUUAUGGGGAUAUUAAAUUAAAUAUCAACUAGGUCUCAGGCGUGCGCAAUUGUGCACACGCAAGGGAAUUUAGCGCUUUAGCGCUGAAAAUCCAACAGUAUAAUUGCAUUGAAGAUUUACCCGUUGUUUUUCGCCAUUUCAAAUCUUAGGACGGCAGUUUAUAAAAUGGUAGAAAAAAUCGGGUAACUCCUCAUUGAAAAAAAAGAAUAAAUACGAUUGAAGUACUCAACUAU